UCCAUCAUCCGAUUCCCAAAUCUUUUAUUAACCUGUCCCCUACAAGAUGGGGACAUUUUCUUAAGUAUAGAAGAGGAAGGGAGUUUUUUAAAAGAAAAAAUAAAAGAAAAGAAAAAGAAAGGAACCCAGACCAGUGACUAAAUGCACUUUAUUCAGGCUCUUGUUUGAAGUGCGUGUGUCCUCUCAGUUUUAAGGACAUGCCUUUUAGAAAAAAAGGGCAUUUUGUCUUCAGUCCAAACAGACCCAAACUUUUUUUCUCAUCACGUGCCUGGCUGGAGCCAGUGGGAGGCUUUGUAAUGCGAUCAGAUCUCUAGGGCCAGCCUCCCGACCCACCCAAAUAACAACAGGGUAAGCCGGCAACAGACACUUGAGCACUUUUAAAGGGAAGAGAUCCAGGCUUGACCUCUCACCAGGACCUUGGAGAAGCUUGGGAACAGCCCACCGCAGAGAUGAAGGGAGAGGCUGGGAACGUCGGGAAGUCCAAGCAGCUCAAUGUGAGCACCCCACCCAGCAUACUGGAGGGACACAUUUGGGGCUCCAUGAGGAGGACAGCUUUCAUCCUGGGCUCUGGUCUUCUCUUGUUUGUGGCCUUCUGGAACUCAGUCACAUGGCAUCUUCAGCGAUUUUGGGGUGCUUCUGGCUACUUUUGGCAAGCCCAGUGGGAGAGACUGCUGUCGACCUUUGAAGGGAAAGAGUGGAUCCUCUUCAUUAUAGGUGCCACCCAAGUGCCUUGUCUGCUCUUCUGGGCUUUCAAUGGGCUUCUACUGGUGGUGGACACUACUGGAAGACCCAACUUCAUCUCCCGCUAUCGAAUUCAGGUUGGCAAGAACGAACCGGUAGACCCCAUGAAACUCCGCCAGGCUGUGCGCACAGUUCUUUUCAACCAGUUCGUGAUCACUCUCCCUAUGGCAGUCUUCUUCUUUCCCCUCCUCAAGUGGCGGGGAGACCCCUGCGGCCGAGAGCUGCCUACCUUCCACUUGUUCCUUCUGGAGCUGACCAUCUUCACCCUGAUUGAGGAAGUCUUGUUCUACUAUUCACACCGGCUCCUUCACCACCCAACAUUCUACAAGAGAAUUCACAAGAAACAUCACGAGUGGACAGCCCCCAUUGGGGUGACCUCUCUCUAUGCCCACCCUAUAGAGCAUGUGACUAUAUUAGGAGCCUCACAAGCUGAAUCCCUUAAUUCGCCCAACAACCACUGUAAUCCUGAUUUUGCUGAUGAGGAAGCUGGGACUCAAAUAAUUAAUAACAUGUUCCAAGGUACAAAGGCCUCCAACAUGCUGCCAGUGAUCGCAGGCCCCUUUGUGAUGGGCUCCCAUUUGUCCUCCAUCACGGUGUGGUUUUCCUUGGCCCUCAUCAUCACCACCAUCUCCCACUGUGGCUACCACCUACCCUUCCUGCCUUCGCCUGAAUUCCAUGACUACCACCAUCUCAAGUUCAACCAAUGCUAUGGCGUAUUGGGGGUGCUGGACCACCUCCAUGGGACCGACACCAUGUUUAAGCAGACCAAGGCCUAUGAGAGGCACAUCCUGCUGCUGGGCUUCACCCCACUCUCGGAGAGCAUCCCCGACUCCCCAAAGAAGAUGGAGUGAAAGGGCCCUUGCCAGUCCUAUCCCAAGAGUGGGAUUCCAAGACACCAAGGCCUCAUGAUUGCACCUAACAACUUGCCUCCUUCAGCCACACACUCUAAUGAUGGCACCAUUAGGGCAGAGGAGAGGCUGGCUUCCUAGAAAAGCAGGGCCAAGGAUAGGGCCAGGGCUUCCCCCAAACUUCUGUCCUUGUCCCUUCAUGGGACCAGGAGUUAGCUUAAGGAAAAGGGGAAAAAAGGUUCCUCAGACUGGAGGCCAGUCAGAGGAGGAAACCACUUUAAGAGGGCUCUGGCCAGGCCCUCUGGUCCUCUGCUGUGGGAUGGAGGAAGGUCAUCCCCUUCCCACUGUCUUGUGGCCUAGGUAAGAUGCAGAGAAUGAUGGAGAGGGAAGUAGGACUAAGGCAAUUUGGGCCCCAGGGAGAGCUCUUUCUGGUGUCAAGGAGUGGGGGAAUCAGAUCUAUCACUUUGCUUCUUCCUACCCUUUUGGGCUUUUCCAUACCUUAGUCAGGCCAGGGCCAGUUGUCCCUGGCAAAUAGUUACAGGUCUGAUUUUCACAUGCCAUGUGCCAGUCCCCAUUCCACCCACUCCCAUCACACACACACACAGGUCCCAUUUCAACUCUGCCUCACUACACAUAAACACCCACAGGUGCUCCUCCCUGAUCAACUGAUAACAAGGAAGCACAGGCUACACCCAGAAGGAUCAGGGUCACAACCCUUUGGGGAUACCUGAGGAGUCCAGAAAAAAAUGGCCAAAGGGCAAAACUCUUUUUCUCUGAAAUGGUUAACCAGUUUUCUUAACAGGGAUUAUUUGACUGGGUUUUAGCAGAUACAUUUUUCAAAUGAAAUCUAACCAGGACCCUUUUUAUCUGAAACAAAGCCACAGGGCUAUCUGGGUUUGAAACAAUCACCUCCCUUACCUCCCCUUAGGAGCAACAUGCUCUUGAACCUUGUAGCUCCCAAAAAUUCAGACUACUCUUUGAAAGGCCACCAUUACUACUAUUAUCAUUUACCCCCACCCUACUGGGGAUUGAACCCAGGGGUGCUCUACCACUAAGCUACAUCCCCAGCCCCGUUUAUUUUUCUAUUUUGAAAAUAGAAAAUAUUGCCCAGACUGACCUUGACCUGGUGAGACUCUUACUAUCAACCUAGAGUCACUGAGAUUAUAGAGGCAAGUGCCACCACAUCUAGUUCAUUUACUAAAUUCUUGUAUGUGUACUUGUGCCUAUUACUGACUUUCAGUUCUUUUGGGCCAAGAAAACCACCUACUGUGACCAGGUGAGAUGGUGCACACAGCUGUAAUCAUGUGACCAAGGCAGGAGGAUCACCAGUUCAAAGCCAGCCUGGACAACUUAGCAUGACCCUGCCUCAAAAAAGUACAAGGG